CUUAUAUACAUACCUGUUUAUACAUAUCUUUCCAUUAAGUCACGAGUCAUACAUUCAUGAUCACACAUAUACAUGAACAUGGCUAUGGCCCAACCCCAUAAUGAACAAAAAAAUAUCAAAUAACAACAACAACUUAAAGAUACACACACGAUACUCCUGAGUGGGACAAACCAAAAACAAACCAACGUAGGAAAAUUGAAGUGUUCCAAAAUCCAAAUGGAGAACUAUUCAUACCAAUCAUACCCAGAUUCAGGAGAAUCUUCCCCUCGUUCCAGAGAAAUCGACUUCGAAAACCCACCCACACCAAUACCAUGGGAAGAACAACAACAACAUCAACAACAACAGCACCAACAACAAAGUAGUAACAACUACAAAGCCAAGUUCAUGUGCAGCUACGGUGGCAAGAUCCAACCACGAACACACGACAACCAACUCUCUUACGUCGGUGGCGAAACCAAAAUCCUAGCCGUUGAUCGCACCAUCAAAUUCUCAUCAAUGAUCUCUAAACUCUGUUCUCUCAUCGAAGCACCUGAUGUUUCUUUCAAGUACCAACUACCUGGCGAGGAUCUCGAUGCUCUUAUUUCUGUUACAAACGACGAUGAUCUCGACCACAUGAUGCAUGAAUACGAUCGUCUCUACCGUGCUUCCGCUAGACCCGCACGUAUGCGAUUAUUCCUCUUUGUUAACGAUUCUGAUUCUGUUUCAAAUAGUUCUAAUUCUAAUUCUAACCCACCCGACCCGGUUAAAGGUUCUAAUGUUGAUUAUCUGUUUGGAAUUGAAAAGGUCGCUCUUGCUCCACCCGUUGUUGCUCCGGUUCCGGCACGGGUGCCGGAACCGGUUUCUGCACCGCCUGAGUAUGUUCUUCGACCCGGUUUGAAUUUGAAUCCAUCUGAUCGGGUUAUUGGUUCGGAUCCGGGUUUGGAUAUUCAGAGGCAGUUACAGCGGAUGCAGAUAGCGGAGAAUGAACAGAAUGCGUAUCGGAGAAAAAGUGAAGAGAACCACCUCGUCGGAAAUUAUCCUCCCGGAGAUUAUUACGUUCAGAAAACUACGCCUGAGAAAUUUCCGAUGACGAACUUCACACCACCACCACCACCACCGCAGCAGCAGCAUCACACUGGUUACUGGCAGGAGAAGCCAGUUUCCGGCGAGGCUUAUCCACCGGUUGCUCCUGGAGGAGGUGACCAGCCUCAGCCGGUUUAUAUGGUACCAGCGCCGGGGAAUUACUAUCAUGCGCCGGUGAUGCGUCCGCCGGUGAGUCAAGGAUACUACGCGGUGCAACGAAUGUCAUCUGAGGGUUACCGUGAAGCGCAGGUUUACGGCGGAGCUCCACCCUCCAAAGCGCCACCGGGAGUGUCGGCGACAUAUGCAGCGGCGCAACCGGUUAAAGGUCCGGCGUAUGCGGAAGGUGUUAGUGUGGUUCGAUCAACUGGAUUACCGGAUAAUACACCAGGUUCAAAUUCGUACGCACAGGUGGCGUAUGAUAGUGCCAGUGGUAGACAAGUUUAUUAUAAUACGCCGGGUGGUGUAGUACACCCGCCGCCGUAUCAAGGAGUUGCUGCACCCGUCACCACUGACGUUAAAGUGAUGAGCAAGAUUUCUCAAGGUUCAGUGUGAUUAAAAUCCAACUUAAGAUUAUAAUUAGUUAAUUACUAUUAUUGCAUGUUAUGUUAUCAUUGUUGUAAACCAUGUAGAUUGUGCUAUACUAUGUUUGUGUUUAAAUUUACCUUUAUGUCUACUAAUUCAUGUUUUGUUUGUUCUGUUUUUAGAA